AUGAGCAACGAAGAAUCUGGACAGUUUGUCCAGCUCAGCGGCAUGCCCUCCCCGUCCCUCACUGAGGGCGGAUCCUCCAUCACUUUCUCCAACCUCUCCUACGAAGUCAAGAACAAGCACGGAACGAAGCGACUUGUUGACAACGUCUCUGUCACCGUCAAGCAGGGUCAGAUGCUCGCCAUCCUCGGUCCCUCCGGUGCCGGAAAGUCGACGCUGCUCGAUGUCAUGUCCUUCCGCAAGAAGCACAUGGACGGCGGCUCCAUCACGCUGAACAACCAGCCUCUGUCGGCCAUGACUAUGGCCCAGGUCUCGUCUUACGUCGAGCAGGACGACCAGCACCUCGGUGUCCUGACUGUGCGCGAGACGAUCACCUACGCCGCCCGCCUGACUCAGAGCGGAAUGACGAAGGGCGAGAUCCGAACCCGUGUCGACCAGAUCAUCACUGAUCUCGGUCUCCAGUCCUGCGCCGACCUCAAGAUCGGCACCCCCAUUCAGCGCGGUAUCUCUGGUGGCCAGCGACGACGAGUCACCGUCGGAACCGGCCUUGUCACCUUCCCCCGCGUCCUCUUCCUCGACGAGCCGACUUCGGGUCUCGACUCGACCUCGGCCCGUGAGGUCAUGGCCUCGAUUAAGCGUAUCGCCGAGGCCGAGGGAAUCAUUGUCAUCGCCACGAUCCACGCGCCCUCGAUCGAGGCUCUGUCGCUCUUCGACAAGAUGAUGAUUCUCGCUCAGGGCCGCACCGCCUUCCUCGGCACGCUCCAGCAGGCGAACGACCGCUGCAACGCCAUCGGCUUCCCCAUCCCCGAGUACAUGAACCCCGCCAAUCAUCUGCUCGACCUCGUCGGCACCGACUUUAUGCACGAGGACAAAGCGACGGCGCUGGAGCGCCUGCUCGCCGCCCACGUCGAGGAGCCUCUCCCGGAGCCGAAGAGCUUCGGCGCGCCUGUUGCCCUGAGGAAACGCCCGUGGAGCGCCAACAUCAACGCCACCCUCAUCCUCUCCGAGCGCACGCUCCUCAACUACUCCCGCAACCUCCUCGCCUACGGUGUUCGUUUCGGCAUGUACCUUGGCAUGGCCCUUCUCCUCGCUACCAUCUGGAUUCGCCUCGGUGACUCGGACUCGAUCAUCAACGAUCGCCUCUCCGUCCACUUCUUCUCCGUCGCUUUCCUCGGUUUCAUGUCCGUCGCCGGUAUCCCGUCCUUCCUCGAGGAGCGUUCCGUCUUCCUCCGCGAGCGCAAGAAUGGUCUCUACGGCCCCCUCCCCUUCGUCCUCUCCAACACCGUUGUCAUGCUCCCGUUCAUGUUCAUCUGUGCAUUUGCCUUCUCGGUCAUCAUCUACUGGGCCAUUGGACUGCACCCCGGAGCCAACGCGUUCUGGCGUUUCGUCGCCUUCCUCUACCUGGCCGUCCUCUGCGCUGAGGCUCAGGCGCAGGUCAUCGCCGCCCUUGUGCCCAUCUUCAUCGCCGCUCUCGCCCUUACUGCUUUCAUGAACGGUUUCUGGAUGUGCGUCCAGGGAUACUUCAUCAAGGCCCGUUCGCUGCCUCGCUUCUGGUACUACAGCUUCCACUUCAUGGACUUCCAGACGUUCGCGUUCGACAUCCUCGUCAAGAAUGACCUGGUCGGCGAGGUUUUCAAGUGCAACUCGGCCUUCAUCCCCAGCGGAGACUGCAACUGUGUUUACCCCGCCAGUGCCACCUCCCUCGAGCUCUACGGCCAGUGCCGCGUGUCUGGCCAGGACGUUAUCGACUACCUUGAGUUUGGCGGAAUUUCGGUGGGCGGCUACGCGGGAAUCCUUGUGGCGAUCAUUUGCAUAUACAGAGUGUGUCUCUACUUCGCGCUCUAUUUCCAGCGUCACCCUUGA